GGUCUUUUUUAAUGCAAUUAUUGGCAAUAAUACCAAUGUAUUUACAAUACCUAUUCUAUUUAGUGGCCGCCAUUUUUAUCACGUUUCAGUAUUUGAAAUAUAAUCGUUUACAUAAUUACUGGAAAGACCGCAAUAUCUCGGGUCCAAAAGCCAUACCAUAUUUUGGCAAUUCUUUGAGUCUAUUUCUAACGCCGAAGCCAUAUAUUGAGAGGCAGUGGUAUAACAGUUACGGCCGACUCUACGGUCAUUACGAGUUGGGAAAGCGGACGUUAACAGUGGCGGACCCGGAGCUCAUCAAACAGAUUCUGGUGAAGGAAUUCGACAAAUUCCGGAACCGAUUGUCGAAAGAGAGCCGUAAAAUAGCGCCAAAUAUGCCGAAACAUCUCUUCAACUCCAACGACGACGAGUGGAAACGACUCCGACUUAUAGUGAGCCCCGCAUUCACUUCCGGCAAAUUGAAACGCCUGUACCCACUCUAG